UACAGUGACAGUGGCUUUCCUCGUGAAGUGAACACUUUAUUGCUCCUUUGCAAUGUGAAACUAGGAUAACCUUCUCAGAAUCCCCCCCACAACCCACGCAACAUGCACACACACAUACACACACACACUCCGGGGGCACACAUUGCCUAGUGCACCCCGACACACACACACACACACACACACGCUGUCAUGCCUGCAUAUACAUCCAUUCAUCCAGUGCUGGAGCCAGCAUCACCAACCUGGGAUUUAAAUGAUGCUUCCGAGGAAGAGGACCGGAUAAAUCCACGCCACAUUCGGAUUUAACAGCAUUAUUUAUGUGAAGAUUUGGGGUUUUCUUUUAUUUGCUCUUUUAGUAAAUAUAUAUUUUUUUCAUUUCUUUUAUUUCUGGUUGGUAACAAAGUCAGAUAUAUCUCUGUAUCCUACAAUGGAAGUACAUUUGCUGCUGCUUUUUUCCUUGGUCUGGCAAGUUCAUGCUGUGGAAGAGACACUGAUGGAUACUCGGACGGCCACAGCAGAGCUGGGCUGGACAGCCAAUCCUUCCUCUGGGUGGGAGGAAGUGAGCGGCUAUGAUGAAAACCUCAACACAAUCCGUACAUAUCAGGUGUGCAACGUCUUUGAGCCAAAUCAGAACAACUGGCUUCUUACUACGUUCAUCCCGAGACGAGGGGCCCAUCGCGUUUACGUAGAGAUGAGAUUCACCGUUCGGGACUGUAGUAGCCUUCCCAAUGUUCCAGGCUCUUGCAAAGAAACAUUCAACUUGUACUACUAUGAGACAGACUCCAAUGUUGCUAAUAAGAAUUCAGCCUUUUGGAACGAUGCCCCCUACCUUAAGGUGGACACUAUAGCUGCUGAUGAGAGUUUCUCACAAGUGGACUUUGGUGGGAGACUGAUGAAGGUCAACACUGAAGUGCGUAGCUUUGGCCCAUUGACUCGUAGCGGCUUCUAUUUAGCCUUCCAGGAUUAUGGAGCAUGCAUGUCGCUCCUCUCCGUCCGUGUUUUCUUCAAAAAAUGCCCUAGUGUCGUUCAGAAUUUUGCAGUCUUCCCUGAAACCAUGACUGGUGCAGAGAGCACGUCCCUUGUGAUAUCACGGGGUAUCUGCAUCCCUAACGCGGAGGAGGUAGAUGUGCCUAUUAAACUCUAUUGCAAUGGAGAUGGGGAGUGGAUGGUUCCUAUUGGUAGAUGCACAUGCAAAGCUGGAUACGAGCCCGAAAAUCACAUCAUCUGUAAAGCGUGCCCAGCAGCCAUGUUUAAAGCCAACCAAGGCAUGGGAACCUGCUUACCGUGUCCUGCCAAUAGUCGGUCGACUGCCGAGGCUUCUCCGAUCUGUGUUUGUCGCAACGGCUACUACCGCGCUGACUUUGACCCACCUGAGGCUAUGUGUACAAGUGUUCCCUCAGGUCCACGCAAUGUGAUUUCCAUAGUCAAUGAGACAUCGAUCACUUUGGAGUGGCAUCCGCCACGUGAAACCGGUGGCAGAGACGAUGUCACCUACAAUAUCAUUUGCAAGAAGUGCAGGUCCGACCGUCGCAGCUGCUCCCGGUGCGAUGACAAUGUGGAGUUUGUCCCACGGCAGAUGGGGUUGACCGACACGCGUGUCUUCAUUAGCAACCUAUGGGCUCACACCCCUUAUACCUUCGAAAUCCAGGCGGUCAAUGGGGUUACCAACAAAAGCCCCUUCCCUCCCCAACAUGUCUCAGUCAACAUCACCACCAACCAAGCAGCUCCCUCUACUGUCCCCAUAAUGCACCAGGUUCGAGCCACCAUGAAGAGCAUCACUUUAUCUUGGCCUCAGCCGGAUCAACCCAAUGGAAUUAUCCUGGAUUACGAACUACGAUAUUAUGAGAAGGAUCACAGCGAAUUUAACUCUUCCAUUUCAAAAAGCCAAACGAAUACAGCCAGCAUAGAAGGACUCCGGCCCGGGAUAGUUUACGUGGUACAGGUCCGGGCUCGCACUGUGGCAGGCUACGGGAAAUACAGCGGAAAGAUGUGCUUCCAGACGUUAACUGACGAGGAGUACAAGUCGGAGCUGAGGGAGCAGCUGCCCCUGAUCGCGGGAUCCGCAGCUGCAGGAGUGGUCUUCAUAGUCUCUCUGGUAGCCAUCUCCAUUGUCUGCAGUAGGAAGAGGACCUACAGCAAAGAGGCAGCGUACAGCGACAAACUGCAGCAUUACAGCACCGGCAGAGGUUCUCCAGGGAUGAAGAUAUACAUAGAUCCUUUUACAUACGAAGAUCCCAAUGAAGCCGUGAGGGAGUUUGCCAAGGAGAUCGAUGUCUCGUUUGUGAAGAUUGAGGAGGUCAUCGGGGCUGGAGAAUUCGGAGAAGUGUACAAGGGGCGCCUGAAACUCCCAGGAAAGAGAGAAAUCUAUGUUGCCAUCAAAACACUGAAGGCCGGGUACUCUGAAAAGCAGAGACGGGACUUCCUGAGCGAAGCAAGCAUCAUGGGUCAGUUUGACCACCCAAACAUCAUUCGGCUGGAAGGUGUGGUGACCAAAAGCCGGCCAGUUAUGAUUAUUACAGAGUUCAUGGAAAAUGGAGCCCUGGAUUCCUUCCUACGGCAAAACGACGGGCAGUUCACGGUCAUUCAGCUGGUUGGGAUGCUCCGAGGUAUUGCAGCCGGUAUGAAGUACCUCUCAGAAAUGAACUAUGUUCAUCGUGACCUGGCAGCCCGAAAUAUCCUGGUAAACAGCAACUUGGUCUGCAAAGUGUCAGACUUUGGUCUGUCUCGCUAUCUACAAGACGACACUUCAGACCCCACAUAUACCAGCUCCCUGGGUGGGAAGAUACCCGUCAGAUGGACAGCCCCAGAAGCCAUCGCUUACCGAAAAUUUACAUCAGCCAGUGAUGUGUGGAGUUACGGCAUCGUCAUGUGGGAAGUCAUGUCAUUUGGAGAACGGCCAUAUUGGGACAUGUCCAACCAAGAUGUCAUCAAUGCUAUAGAGCAGGAUUAUCGCUUACCACCCCCCAUGGACUGUCCAGCUGCCUUGCACCAGCUCAUGUUGGACUGUUGGCAGAAGGAUCGAAACAGUCGGCCACGAUUUGGGGAUAUUGUCAAUACUUUGGACAAGAUGAUCCGAAACCCUGCCAGCCUCAAGACAAUGGCCACCAUCCCUACUGUGCCUUCCCAGCCGCUGCUUGACCGGUCGAUCCCAGAUUUCACAGCCUUUACCUCAGUAGAUGACUGGCUGAGCGCUAUUAAAAUGGGACAAUACAGAGACAACUUCCUGAGCUCUGGCUUCACCUCGCUGCAGCUGGUUGCCCAGAUGACCUCAGAGGACCUGCUGAGGAUAGGAAUAACAUUAGCUGGACAUCAGAAAAAAAUUCUUAACUGUGUUCAAUCCAUGAGGGUCCAAAUGAGCCAAUCUCCCACCUCUAUAGCAUGAGACGCUGGGGACAGUAAGGGAGUCCUGGAGGGUGGGAAAGGGAUAUGAGCUUGACGAGGGGAAUGGAUUGGGCCUUGGGCAAAAACUGACCUUGGAAUUCAGGAGACAACAUUGUUAUCAACCGUAGGCCUCCCAUCCACAGUGUAAGGUUCAUACAACGUUUGUCUCAUAUACAACAAGCUGAAUGGAUCUACAAGAGCAAAGAAGAGCAUUCAUCUGGUGAUAACCUGUAUUCAAGUGUAUUUUUACAUACAAGUCAGUAUUUUGGAGAAAUUAAUGGCACGUGCUUUAAGAAGGUUGUGGCUUUUUGGAACCAGACAAUUGGUCGAUGGAAACCAAGGUGCUUAAUUUUAUCACAAUACACACAACAAUGGGAUUGUGGACAUCAUAUGGAGUCAGUGUCAUCCGUGAGCGGAUGCCCAGUAUACCCUCAUUUCUUACACUGCUGCUGCAUCAGGGAGGCUGUCUGCAUACUUCCAUCUACUGUUUUUUUUUUUUUUGUUUGUUUUUUUUUGAUUGUCUUCAUAUUGAAGAUGAGGUUGUAUGGAAGAACAAACAUUCUUUUUUUCCUUUUUUUCUUCUUUUGCUUGCAUUUUUGGGCAAAAAAGAGAAACAAACCUAAAUACAGUCAGGUAUAUAAACCUGGCAACAUGUCUGCCUUUAUGUCCUAUGUGUUUAAAAAAAACAGAUCUGCGGAUCCAGUGUUUGUAUAUAGGAAGAAAGAGUGACUGAAAGAUUGUAUGGAUAAAAGAGGACCUUGAGUUCUCUUCCUCAUAAAACUUAAUCUGGAUCCUGACAGACUUGUCUUGGAAUUUGGGACAGAACCUAUAUGGACGGGGGCAAUGAGGGCAUUAUGGAUUCUGAAAGGUUACAUGAGAAUCACUGGGCAUGUGUGGUUAACAGAAAGACCAUCUGGAUGGAAAUGUUUAACGUUGACAGAGGAGUUUUCUGGAUUUAAUGAGGUUGGCCCAGUGACCGAUUUCCAUGCCGUCAGCUGUCACCAAAAGAUUCGACGGGGAUAGACUGUCUAUGGGAAAAGAUGAAUAGCCCCCCAUUUGCCCGCUCUCUGCCCUCUUGCCCCACCUUGGCUUCCAUGACAACCACAUAGCUGUAUAUUUCUGUAAGGUCCUGCAUUGUACAAUUUACCCCUCCUCAGAUUUGUCACCUGUGUUCAAAAUGUUGGAGUUUGUAACAGUAAUUUCAAAGAAGAGAAUAAAAAUAUUGUAUUAAAAAAACAAAAAAAUCUAAAUUGCACUCAAUAAAAUGAAUUAAAAUACA